UUGCUUCGGGUACAGGAAGGAUACAGGUGUUUGGGACUGAAUGCGACUCAGACUUGACCAAGGGGAAAUGAAUUUAAAAGGCAGCGGGACUCUUCUGAGGAUUCUUAUGAUGUUUCUCUUCUUCUCACGAAGUUUGCAGUGGACUUACAGAGAGCAUCAGGAUGAUGCGAACAGUGAAGUCUGUUCUGAGAAUAAGAUUGCCACAACCAAAUAUCCUUGCUUAAAACCAACUGGAGAGGUGACAACUUGCUACAGGAAGAAAUGUUGUGAGGGGUUUAAGUUUGUGCUGGGCCAGUGCAUUCCUGAAGAUUAUGACGUGUGCGAUGGCGCCCCCUGUGAACAACAGUGCACGGACCACUUUGGACGGGUUGUGUGCACCUGUUACCCUGGUUACCGCUACGACCGGGAGCGACACCGGAACAGAGAGAAGCCAUACUGCCUGGACAUGGAUGAGUGUGCCAACAACAACAUGACGGUGUGCUCUCAGGUCUGUCUGAACUCUCCAGGGAGCUACAGGUGUGAGUGUGAGAAAGGCUUUUUCCUGGAAGAGGAUGGGAAGACCUGCACCAAGGGGGAGAGAGCAGCUCGGCUGUUUGAGACGGCCGACAACGUGAUGAAGGCUGGGGCAUGCUCUGCUACAUGUGAAGACUUCCACCAGAUCAAGAGUACUGUCUUUCAGCUCAAACAAAAGAUUGCCAUGUUGCCCAGCAACGCUGAUGUUACCAAGCAGAUGACCAGUGAGAAGAGGCUGAUGUCACACUCCUUCCUCCCCGGGCCGCCUGGUCUGCCCGGUCCUCCAGGAGAUCCAGGGCCAAUGGGCCCCCCUGGUCACACAGGACUGUUGGGGCCCCCCGGCCCUCCUGGACCCAGGGGACUGAUGGGCCCCGUUGGGCCCUCGCCUGACCUGUCCUACAUGACGCAGGGCCGACGCGGGCCCAUGGGUCCUGCGGGGGCUCCAGGAAAAGAUGGCAUCAAGGGGGAGACGGGGGCUCCUGGACCUUCUGGACCUCCAGGCCCUCCCGGAUCCUUUGACUUCCUGCUGCUGUUGAUGGCUGACAUCCGUAACGAUAUCGUUGAGCUACAGAGCAAGGUGUUCGGCAGACUCAUGCAUUCUCCUGGAGAGGAGUUCCCUGUGGGGGUCCCAGAUACAUGGAGGGACAACCAGUCGCCUGGGAGGGAGGUCCACAUGGUUGGCCCAGAGAGCUGGAGGGACAACCAAUCGCCUGACAGCUGGAGGGAGAACCAAGAUAUCCUGGUGGACAUUGGCUCUGGAGAAGACAAACCAAAGGAUUACAAAACACGAAAUGUUGCCAAGGGCAACUCUGGAGAAGACUACAAACCACGCAGGAAGGAAGAGGACAGGAACAGGAAGAGGAAACCCAUGCGAGCCUCAACAACAGACUCAGACUUGGAUUGGACGUUUUGAAUUUGAGGCAGAUUUUCAGUAUUUCUUUGUAAAUAUUAAUAUCAAAGUAUUUUUUAUUGAACUGCUUAAAGUCACUCAAGUCAGAAUGUAUUUGGGUUUUUUUUUCAUAAAAUCUCUAUUUUUAUAUUAUAAAUAGGAUUGUAAAUGUAUAUUUUAGUUUAAAAAAAUGGUAUUACAGUUAUGGACUUGAAUGUCUUCUUAGCUCAACAGCAUUUCACUCCUGAUACAUUUUAUUUAAAUGUUAAUGUCUCAAAUGUUAACUUUCUUGCUUAAAUGUGGUUUCCACCCUGUUAUAGACUCAUGCACACAUGAGAAUAGUCCAAUUCAGAGUCCAAUUCGCCCUACCCCUAAAUCCUAGAUAGAAUAUGUAACUCGAUUUCUUUGCUCCUAAUCACCUCAGCUUUGUUUGUUCGUUGCCUCAGCCACACUAGCCAAGGAUUGUUUCUGGUUGCUAUGGCUGCUAAGUAAGUGUGUAACACUCCUCCAAAGCCAAGUGGUUGCUAUGGCUGCCGAGCCUCCAGGAGAAUGGUCCUUGACAGAAAGAAGAAGAAAGGUCAUGGAGAGUACCACUGGAGAUAGAUUGAGCAACUUUUCAAGAAAUUGAAUAUUCCAGUGUUUUUAAGUGGCACCAUAUUAUAUUUGAGCAGAUCCAAGUCUAGGCUUAUGUGGUCAAAAGUGGGUAUUUUACAAUUCAAACAUAAAUCAGACAUGUAAAGAAACUGGA